UGGCAUUUUCAUCCCACUUGCUUGGCCCAUGAUGUCCCACCGUACCCCAGUGUUUAUCUUAGGAGUGGAGCCGGGAAUCGUAUGGAAGGUUGGAAAGGAGUCCCAAGGUAGCUCUCUCAUCCGGAGAUCCAGCUGAGAAGUCCUCUAAAACUUGCCUCUUGAACAGGGCCGGCAAAGGAAGGAGGGCAAAAAGCUCCUUUCUACCCUUUUCCGUCUUUGUCACCUCUCCUAACUCCAGCUUCUUCCCAUUCUUCUGAUCUCCCUUUGCCCUGUCCUUGCUUCCCCUCCCUUGCCCCGGGGAGCCCUUUCUCUUCUGGGUUAUUUCUCUGCCCCUUGAGGGGAGCUACCGUUCCCCCACACUCCUGCAGACCCAGCAGUGCUCAGGAGCACCUCAGGCGGGAGGUGUAGGUAGGCAGCAGACAGAAAGUAGGAAUGACAGGGAAUCCUGUGCCAGCUUUGCUUAGGAGGCUAGAAAAUUCUUUAUUGAUGCACCAGCCCCCCAUACGCACACACUGAUGCACUUGACCGAGCCAGGAGCUCUGUCUUUUUCUUAACCCGGCCUUUGGGAGUCUCCCGGCUGCCUUCUGUGUCGGUCCUGCGCCAAGUCUACCUCCUAUCCCUCCUCUGUACGGUUCUGUCCUCUUCCUUCUCUGGUCCCUUUGUGCAAGGCCAUCUGGGUAUCGCCCUCUUUUUGUGGCGGGGCUUCUCUGUAUGGGUGACUUUAUUUCCUCACUGACACUGACUCCCGGGCCUCCCUCCAGGCUCUCAGGCUCUGUCACCUCUAAGUGACUUUCCACCUCUGUCUUGUUUCUGUUUACUUCUAUCUUCCGGGCUCUGCCUCCAUGUGUCUGUCUCUUCUCUCGUGUGCCUGGCUCCCUCCUCUCCCCGGCUCCUCGGCGUGUGUCAGGGAGGAGUGUCCCCACGUGGAUGUGGGCCACCCCUGCACACCGGGUGCGCCGCAGCCUGCCUGCCUCGGCACCCCCUCCCCGUGGGCCGGGCACCCUUGCCCGCCCGCCGCCAUGUGCCAGGAGCUGCAGGUGCGCCCCUGUCCCCACAUUCGUCAUUCCUGCAAGUGUGCUUUGCCUGUGGAUCUUCUCGUGGGCUCCCUUCUCUCUUCUGUCCACGUCCCCCUCCGCCCACCCACCUCUCCUCUCGUCUCUUCUCUCCCACCGGCCUCUCUCACUUUGCCUCCCUGGAUCCUGGCUCCCGCCUGCCUCUCUACCUGCUCGUCCUGUUCUGGUGUCUGCCUGCCUGCCUGUCUGCUCCUCCCUGACUGGCUGGCAGCCUCGUUCUCUGGUUGUCUGUCUGCUCUCCUGGCUGUUUGCCCACCGCUCUCUCUCCAGCCAUCUGUCUCCCCGCCUGCCUGUCUCUGUCACUUUUUUAGCCUUCGUCUCUUGGUUUGUCUACCUUCCAGGCCCUGCCAUGCCUCCCUAUCCGGGUUUGCCUCUUAUCUUUCUCCUCUCCGUGUUACUCCCCUUGUGUAUGCCUGGGCACCUGUCUUCCUGGCUGACUGCCUGCUCCGUAGCUUGCUCGUGGCUUGCUCGUGCUGCCGGGACCUGGGGCGCACCUGUCCCUCCAGGGGCUUCUCCUCUGUAGGGAACUGCCUGCAGAGAACCAAGCGCCACCAGUCCCCUCACGGCCCAGCCAUGCAUCAGCUGAGACAGGACGUGGGGGCCCCCGAGGACCUGAAAAGUACUGCGUCCGUCCGUCAGGAGGAAACCUUAUCCUCGCCUUCCAAGAGCCAGAUCAUCAGAUGAGGGCUCCCCGGAAACAGCCGCACCCAGACACUGAACCUGUGGGCUUCCCUCCUCCCUCCUGUUGGUCCAUCUGAAGCUGGUCCCUGAGGGGGGGUGGGGGGCCCAGGGCUCUGCCUCCCACCCCUGCUGCCUUCUUGGGGCCUAAGUGUUCACCGAGACCCUUACCGCUCCUUCAACUUGCUCCUUCUCAACCACAUCUCCUUGUCUUUAAAAGAAGUCUUCUGGGGGGCACCUGGGUGGCCCAGUGGGUUGAGCCUCUGCCUUCGGCUCAGGUUAUGAUCCCAGAGUCCAGG